ACGAAUAAAUAAGGCUUCCUUUCUUUUUCCUCGUGUAGUCGAUCGUAAUCGCAAAGAUGACCAAAAAACGACGAAAUAACGGACGUUCAAAGAAAGGCCGUGGCCACGUCAACCCAGUGAGGUGCACGAACUGCGCCAGGUGCGUUCCUAAAGAUAAAGCCAUCAAGAAGUUUGUCAUCAGAAACAUCGUCGAAGCUGCUGCCGUACGAGAUUUGACUGAGGCCUCUGUUUACCAAACUUAUGUACUUCCCAAACUGUAUGCCAAGCUACAUUACUGUGUCAGCUGCGCAAUUCACAGCAAGGUUGUUCGUAAUAGGUCAAGGGAAGCCAGGAAAGAUCGUACCCCACCACCAAGAUUCAGGCCUGGUGCCAAAGUUCAAUAGGAUGACAAUGGAGACAGAUGAUUAUUGAAACAAACUAUUGAUCUAUGUCUUUAUUAUAAUAAUAAAAAAUCUCAAAAACGAUUUUUGUAUUUUGUUUCAUUUUAAAAUGUAAAUAGAUAUAUGGAUCUGAGGUCUUUGUUGUAUUGAAGGCUGAUGUGCAGGUAAGAUUUGAGGGCUGCCAAAUAGAGUUAAUAUAUAUAAUAUCAUGUAUGUAAAUGGAAGUUUUCACAACUUGCAAAGUAAGAUUUUGAGGAUU